GUCUGGUCCCCGGCUCGCAACUGUCCCAAGCCCGUCACAUCACACAGCUUGCUUACCUGCCCUCCUACGUCUCGCCGGUUUAGGAAGGCACACGAGGUGUUGGAGAAGCCUCGGCCGGUGAAAAUUCGACCCCCAUUCGCACCACCGCCCAAAAAACCUUGCGCCAUUCUCUUAUCCCACCUCCACCUCAUUUCCGGCCCCCGACUAUUUUGGGACAACCCUCUUCUCUCGGUAACCAUGGCCCUCAUCGACAGAGUGCCAGGCGACUUGAAUCUGUACAUUGGUGGGUACGUAAUCCCCACCCUUUGUCUGCAAUUGCUCCAUAGCCCUCCGGUUGGCGUCAUUGGGCCACAUCCUGACUCUCUUCCUCUCCUGAUGUAGCAUGUUCACGCUGCGGCGACGUGAUGCACUCCAGCAGGCCAACAUUACGCACGUCCUGUCCGUCCUGCGCACACCGCUUGAUCAACACCUCUUCAGCCCCUUCAAGCACAUGGUGGUAGAGGUCGACGACGUCGACGACGAAAAUCUAUUGGAGCACUUCCCAGCCACCAAUCGCUUCAUCCAGGACGGCCUUGAUGGAGGUGGCGGAGUCUUGGUCCACUGUGCCAUGGGUAAAUCGCGAUCCGCUACCGCCGUCAUUGCUUACUUGAUGCAAGAGCACAACAUCAGCCCUUCGGAAGCACUGUCGCAUGUUCGGCAGGCGCGAUCCAUCUGCGAACCAAACGACGGCUUCAUGAAGCAACUCGAACUCUACGGUGAGAUGAAAACGCCCGAUAACGUUGAAGACAAUCCAGCCUAUCAACGCUGGGUCUACCAACGAGAGAUCGAGCUGAGCCGCGCGUGCGGCCAAGCUCCAGAGGCGGACAAGAUCCGGUUUGAAGACGAGCAUGUCACCGAUCAGACUUCUAGUUUCGAGUUGAGAUGCCGCAAAUGCAGACGGCCACUUGCAACAUCGCAAUAUCUAGUCUCGCACAAGCCGUCCUCAUCGCAGAACUGCGCUCACUAUUUCCUGGAUCCCUUGUCAUGGAUGCGUCCCGAGCUUGAACAGGGCAAAACCGAAGGACGCCUCGAAUGCCCAAAAUGUCACACCAACGUAGGCAAGUACGCAUGGCAAGGGAUGCAGUGCAGCUGUGGGGAUUGGGUUGUCCCUGGGAUCAGCCUUUCCAAAGGCCGAAUCGACGAUGCGAGAAAAGCAACUACUGGCAUACGCCAUCCCCCAGGCGCAUCAGUUCCCCCUCCACAGGCUGGUAGUCAUUCACGGCAGAACCUAUGAGAGGCUGCUAAGGAGGUCGAUCAAGUUCAGCUCGUCAUGAGCACCAUCGAUUCGUCCUUGAUGUGCUCCGAGCGAUCUGGACAGUCUUUCAGAGGACUAAAAAUAUGGACACAGGUCCGCUCUCUCCAGUUGUGUACUUUACACCCAAAUGCCAUCCACGUGGCCUUCAGGGCAUAUCAUUUUGGGCCGCUCUUGGAGUAUUGAUACGACUAGGUGGGCGAAAUGUAGCUUUUGUGGCAUUCGCCAAAGGCUCGCUCAAUCAAUGAGACCCUAGCUAGGUCUAACGCGUCCGAUUGCAGGUCUAUGAGGCACAGUUCGGGAGUAUCGCCAAAUACGGCUCGAUAUGCAUAUACUAUUUUUCAAACGGAGUCAAACCCUUCCGAAUGCAACACGUCCAAUCAAUC